GUGAGGAACAGCGUCUCGCUAACGGCAACUUGGUGUGCCACUCAGCCACUCUGAUGUAAUGGGUCACAUGACCCUUAAUUAUCACUUGUGAAGCUCGAGACCUCGAGAUAUUGUAACUUGAGCCCCAACUGCUCUUCAAGUUUUUGUAUAUUAUUGUUCAUUUGUGGAAGGUUUUGCUGCUUGUUUGUUGCUUUGAUUUUGUUUUGUUUGCAUCUAAUUCCCGCUCUAUAUGUCACCAUUCUCUUUCGUGGAUUUGCAUCUUUUACUCAAGUAUUAGGAUAAUCCUUCAGCGGCACAGACGGCAGGAUACUUUCCUCUGAAGGAUUGAGAAGCCCAGCCGAGACCAUGUUCUGUGUGUAUCAUCAUAAGUUCUAGGCAGCUGAAUUCCCAUUUCCUCAAUUGCACAAUUUGUCCAACCACCUCAAUCCAAGAUUCAGGCUGCAACAUUUGGUACUACCUUUAGCCGGCCAAAUACUUACCUGACCCUCAAUUUAUCUCUACUAUCAGAUGUUUAUAUCAUCUCCAUUCAUUCAUACUAUUCUCUCAUAGUAUUCUCUGUUUCACCUUUUGCGACAUCAUCAUGCCGCGCACAGUAGGCCAACAAAUGGCCCGAGGGAUCGGCCUCUUCCAAGCUCUCGUCGCUCUCCCAGCAAUGGUAAUCCUAGGAGAAUGGGCUCUAGAGGCUCUCUUCUACACCAACAUGCCAAUCUACGAAUUCAUCACAUCCACAUUCAACGCCCUCUUCGCCGCCGCCAUAAUAUUCAUCGUCUUCGUCCAGCUCAACACCAGCACUUCACCCCUCAUAACCCUCUACUUCGAGAUCGCAAAAUCGAGUCUCGCGACUGCACUCUGGCUAUGGUUAUUACUUGAUGCUAUUUUCGACCCAGAACAAUGGAAUAGACCAUAUCAAAGGCCGCCGAAGGGACCGAGGAUUGCGAGAGCUGGAAUAAGUGUUGUAGUUUUAUUGACUUUGUUCUAUCCCAUAUUGAUCUAUGCGACGAUAGAAGAGAAGCGUUCUAGGAAUGUUGAGGUGGACUCAGAAGCAGGACAGGGUCAAGGACAAGCGCAAGAAGAGCACCAUGGGGAAAGAGAACCAUUGCUCGGGUGAAGUGACACUUCACAGCCCUUUCCUUGGGCAUUUGGGGAUUCGGAGUUGACAGGCCACGUGCGGUAUUACAU